AAACUACCAAAACACAUUUCGUAUGGAAGUGAAAUACGACUUCAGUCAGCAGCAGUAAUAAUUUGUUGUGCACGUAAACAGAGGCAGGCAGCCAAAGCAGUUAGUGCCCAGCAUGGCCGCAUCAAAAUUAAUGAGAGCUAUCAGGGUGUCAGAGUUUGGAGCCCCUUCAGUUUUAAAACUAUGCUUAGACCUACCUGUGCCAAGUCCUGGCCAGAAACAGGUCCUGAUUCGGGUUCAUGCAUGUGGGGUGAACCCAGUGGAGACUUACAUCCGCUCUGGAUCUUAUGCCAGAAAGCCCAGCUUGCCUUAUACUCCAGGAUCAGACGUGUCUGGUGUGAUUGAAGCCGUAGGGGAGGAUGUUCGCCUGCUACGGGCAGGUGACCGAGUCUUCACCACAGGCACCGUGACAGGAGGAUAUGCCGAAUAUACUGUUGCCUCCGAGGACACUGUUUACAAACUUCCAGAUUCUCUUGAUUUCAAACAGGGUGCAGCUAUUGGUAUCCCAUAUUUCACUGCAUACAGGGCAUUAUUUCACAAGGCUCAUGCUAAAGCUGGAGAGACUGUUCUUAUCCACGGAGCAAGUGGUGGGGUGGGCAUUGCAGCAUGCCAGAUUGCACGAGCGUUUGGACUUAAGGUGCUGGGUACAGCAGGGACACCAGAGGGGAUGAAGCUGGUCCUCAGUAAUGGAGCUCAUCUUGUUUUCAACCACAGAGACAAAGACUACCUAGAAAAAAUUAAGGAAGCUACCAACAAUCAAGGUGUCAAUGUGAUCAUCGAGAUGUUGUCCAACGUCAACCUUAGCAAUGACCUACACAUGCUUGAUUUCGGUGGAAGAGUGAUCAUUGUCGGCUGUAGAGGUCCUAUUGAGAUUAACCCCAGAGACACAAUGUCCAAGGAGUCGAGCAUCAUUGGCAUGGCUCUGUUCUAUGCAACUAAGGAAGAAAAAUCGGAGUGUGCAGCAUCACUUUUUGCAGGAAUAGAGGCAGGCUGGUUGAAACCAGCUGUAGGUCCAGAAUAUACACUUGAUCGGGCUGCACAGACUCAUGAUGACAUCAUCAGCAGCACUGGAGCCAGUGGAAAGAUGAUUCUGAUCAUGUGAAAUUAUGCAGCCUGUGACAAUGAAACGUCAAAUGUCAGUCUUUGAAUCAACUGCCAGACGUACACAAUUUUGAUGUACACAAUAUUUUGAAGGAACUUUUGAUGUAAAAAUAAUGUAAUAGAGAUUUAACCUAUUAUUUACAAAUUUUAAUCACUAAUUAAUCUUUGAAGGCAUUAAUGCACCUAUUUUUGUAUAAUCUAUGUAAUUCCUUCAUACGUGAAGUUAAUACGUCUCAAAUAGUAUUUUCAUUUUAAAAGUAUCUAAACUUGUAGAUAACCAAUACAGCAUAUUAUAAUUAUUUGGCUGCUGAUGGCAUUUAUUCUUCUUUCUUCAGCUGCAAAAUUGUUUGUCCCUUUACAGCUUUUUUGACGUUUAAAGUGUGAAAGAUGAAACAAUGUAAGUUGAACUUGUGUGUGUUCUUGCCUGUCAGGUAUCAGUUUUGGACACUGUACCGCAUUUCUGAGAUCAGGUAUCACACUGGCUCAACGCAUGCUCUGUUUGCAUGUAACUGAACACAGCCGUAUUGUAGCUGUAAGAUAUGCGGUGUGAGAGCAGGGCAGUGGAGCCGGUGAGAAAAUAAUAUUUUGAGGAGGAAGUUUUGAAAUGAACAGUCAGUUUUGGAAACAAGCGUAUGGACAGUGCUCGAUUGGGUGUGGUAAGAAAAACGUGUGCAUGUCAUCAUUAUGUCUGGUUAAUAUUAUUAGCAUAGUUUUAAUAUGAGCACAGACUAUUUAGAAAUAUAUAUUCUUAAGCAUUUGUUUAGUUUUACACAAUCUAAGUUUGGAGUGUUGGAUGAAUGUAAUUCUAGUUAGUUUGCUUUACAAAACCUUCAGAUAUAUCUGAAGUUUUCACACAUAGAUAGUAAUAUUAUGUUUAAAGUAUUUGCUUUGUGAAUAGUAUGUCACUGGAAAACAUUUCACAAGACAUUUUUAAGAUCUAGCUCAAAAUACUAUACAGAUAAUUUAUUAUAGCAUGUUAAAAUUUCCACUUUGUAGGUGUAAGCAAAAAUGUGCAAUUUUUCUUGUUAAAUGCAAAUGAGUUGAUCUCUGCACUAAAUGGCAGUAUGGUGGUUGGAUAGUGCAGAUUAAGAGGCAGUAUUAUCCCCUUCUGACAUCACAAGGGGAGCCAAAUUUCAAUGACCUAUUUUUUCACAUCCUUGCAGAGAAUGGUUUACCAAAACUAAGUUAUUACUAGGUUGAUCUUUUACACAUUUUCUAGGUUGAUUGAAGCACUGUGGACCCAAUUAUAGCACGGAAAAAGUCAGAUUUUCAUGAUAUGUCCCCUUUAAAGGGUCAAGUAAUCCAAAUCUAUAUUUGUUCACACAUAAAACAUUCCAAGCCAUUAUGACUUUCUUCCAUAGAAUACUAGAGGAGAAUUCCCAAAAAUCCUGAUGUUUCCCAUUAAAUGAAAGCAAAUGGUGACUGGGUUUGUCAG